AUGGCCAUUGCAGCAGCCCUCUCUCUUCUACAAACCUAUAUCAUACAAUCGCCCUUGCGGACGCUGGCACUCUUGUUGCUCACUAUACCUAUUACCUAUGUCAUCCUCAAUGAGUUCACUCGGGCUUCAUCACGAGUGCCGGGGCUCAAAGGUCCUCGCGGCUUACCGCUGAUUGGAAACCUUGCCCAGAUACGCAAGAACGCCGCGGAGCAAUAUCGUAUCUGGUCCAAAACAUAUGGGCCGGUCUAUCAGAUACAGUUGGGAAAUAUCCCCGUGAUUGUAGUGAAUUCAGCGGCGGCUGCGAAGACUAUCUUCGGUCAGAAUGCGCAGGCCUUGAGCUCGAGACCAGAGUUUUAUACUUUCCACAAAAUUGUUUCAAACACAGCAGGAACCACUAUCGGAACCUCCCCUUAUAGCGAGUCCUUGAAAAGACGCCGCAAAGGUGCAGCUUCCGCGCUCAAUCGUCCCUCUGUGGAAUCUUAUGUGUCUCACUUGGAUGUUGAAACCAAAGCCUUCAUCGAGGAGUUGAACCGUUAUGGGAACGGUGGGAAAAUGCCGGUGGAUCCCAUGGCGAUGAUUCAGCGUUUGAGUUUGAGUCUAUCCUUGACUCUUAACUGGGGAGUGCGCGUUGCGUCUCAGGAGGAGGACCUGUUCGAUGAAAUCACUCAUGUUGAAGAGGAAAUCAGCAAGUUCAGGAGCACGACUGGUAAUCUUCAGGACUAUAUACCGCUUCUACGGCUAAAUCCUUUUAACGGAAACUCGAGGAAGGCCAAAGAAAUGAGAGAUCGGCGGGACAGAUACCUCAACGCGUUGAAUCGAGACCUUGACGAUCGCAUGGAGAAAGGUAUACACAAGCCUUGCAUACAGGCAAAUGUGAUUCUUGACAAGGAUGCCAAACUGGACACCGAUGAACUCAUCUCGAUCAGCCUGACAAUGCUAUCCGGGGGGCUCGAUACAAUCACCACCUUGGUGGCCUGGAGUCUUUGUCUUCUAUCGCAACGACCAGAUAUUCAGGACAAGGCCGCGAAAGCUAUUCAAGGAUUGUAUGGCCAGGAAAUGCCGCUUUGUGACUCCGGAGAUGAUCAGAAAUGUGCCUAUGUUGCUGCUCUCGUUCGGGAAUGUCUAAGAUACUUCACCGUCCUCCGACUUGCACUUCCACGAACAUCCAUCAGAGACAUAACCUAUAAGAAGACUGUCAUUCCGAAGGGCACAGUUUUUUUCUUGAAUUCCUGGGCUUGCAAUAUGGACCCCGAAGUCUGGGACGACCCCGACGAGUUUCGACCAGAGCGGUGGUUGGAGCAACCAGAUGCCCCUAUGUUCACAUAUGGGAUGGGCUACCGCAUGUGCGCGGGCUCCCUUCUAGCGAAUCGCGAGUUGUAUCUGGUUUUCAUGCGCACGUUGAACAGCUUCCGAAUUGAAGCGGUUGAGGAUGUCGACUGGCAUCCUGUAAGGGGUAUGUCAGAUCCAACCAGCCUUGUGGCAAUCCCUAGAAGAUAUAGAGCUAGGUUUGUGCCGAAGGACAUAGCAGCCCUUGCGAAGUCCCUGGCUCAGUGA